AAAACCACUUGUAUCAUUUUUAUCUUGAUAGUUAUUAUAUGUGGUUUUAUAUUUUCAUAAAGAGAAAAAAAAUCACAUGUAAUUGAAUUCAAUUGUAGCCAGAAUAUUUUCUGAAGAUUAUAAUGCCAAAGUUACAUUUAUUUUUAGUUCUUAGUUUUGACCUCUAAUGACAUCUUGACAUGAUGUAGAGUUUCCUUUGAAUUGACCCAAAAUCAGUGCACCAUCUCUUAAACAGUUGGUCAUGGAAUGGUUUAUACGGAGAGAGACGCGUGCCAAAUUACAGUAAAUGUUUUCAAUGCAGGUAUAGACCUGAGAGUCGCAGCAAACUUGAAAGAAGUUGUCUUGGCUUGCAACAGCGUCAGGGUCUCCGUAGAAGCUGCCCUAAUCCUGCCCUCUGAGUCUGAUGGGUGAAGUUGGCUAAAUUAAUCCACGAUGCACUUCAGCACAUGAACAUAAAACCAUUUAAAUCAUGAAAUGUUAUUUAAUUUUUAAAAUUAAAUCUAUACAUUUAGUCGAGGUGCAUAAAAUUAAUUCUACUAAAUAAAUUCAUUCUAUUUAAUUAAUUAUUUCUGCAUUUGUUUCCAGUUUUAAUAAAUUAAUGACACAAUUAAAUAAUGACUUCAUAAGUUAUUUAUUGUGAUUUGGCACUCUUUGCUCUCCAUACAGUCAAAGACAUGAAGAGGUUUUGAAAAGCUUGAAGCUGAAACUGAGGAAAUGGGACGUUUUUGUGAUGCUGACAUUGAAGAAAUAAACAAAUGGAGGAAGAAAAAUGUUUAAGGUGUAUUAGAAUGGGUUUUAAAGAACAUGUCUACAUCAAAGAUAACAGUAUUAUUCCAGCGUUAUUACUCCAACAAAAUAAGUGAUUGCAGUUUAAUGUCGAUAGUGAGACAAUUCAGUGAAACCCUUCACAUUCUAACAGUGGGUCGCCAUUAAAGGACGGUUUUGCGUCUUACUGCUUAGAUAUCACACAGCCAACCCGGCUGCAGAGGACUUCCUGGCAUUCCUGAAUGACCUUUAGUCCCGCAUCCAUCCCAGAAUUUUGCUCCAUACGGAGCCUGAAAGUUUGGCGUGUUUGAGGUGUCACUUCUCUCACAUCCCCAGCAAUUAUUGUAACUUUCUUCACAAGUGUGCGUGAUGGAGGUUUUAUUGUUCUGCUGAGAAGCGUGCCAGGCUGUGAGUGGGGGGUGGGAGGAGAGGUGGGGCCACUUCAGGCACGCGUCCCCUUUGACUCAUUGUAAUAGGAAUGGGUCCCCACCCCCCACCCACGCUCACCCAGGCGCCACACAAAGCAAAACAUACAUACAUACACUGUAAAGAAGGUAGAAAACACAACUUAUGUCAGAAAUCUGAUUGCACUCUAAUAAACAUGUUAAAAAAUUAUUUAUAAUUGGGAUCAGAUUUCUUUGUGUCUUUUUUUUUUUAUAUUAUAUUUACCACAGCUAACAUUUCAAACUGUUCAUGUGAAACAUUAACGUUCUGAUUUUUAUCAGCUGCCAUCUUGGCGGCGCAGGUGGCGCGUCAGGUCAGUGUUUGCAGAACAUUUCAGGUGUGUUUACUCUACUGCAUCCCUGCGACAGGUGCAGGACCCCGCAGCCCACCGCAACUCCUCCUUAGCCAAUGAGAGCGCAGCCUGCUGCUGCUGGUGGUCUAUAGGCUCGGGUACGUGCGCGCGUGUAAGUCAAUAGCCAAGAGGAUGGAGUCUCUCGAGCGCGAGCAUGUGCCGUUUAUUACCAUACAGCUGUUCGCUCGCGCUCCAAACAAAGGCCCGCACCCUCCCUGUCGCGCCCCUUCACCAAGCCGAGGAGACCCGAAUAACUGCUAGAAGCUUUAAUAAAGUCUGAUCCUGGACCUGCCCAGCCUUUGUCACCGCACACGCGUCGGAGUAAUUACAGAGGGGGGCAAAGAGAGAAGAGAAUAAAGAAAAAGGAAGGCCCCCUCUUUCUGUUGAUUGGAGCCGACUGUAUCCAUGGUUUCCUUCUCUCAUAAUCCAUAGCUUUCAUAUCUUAAGUUCAGAAAACUUCUUAAUCUGUCAGUUUAGUGAAAGUUGUGGUUGUUUGAUAAAACCAGGAAACUGAAAGCUGAGAUCGUCCUGGAAGUCUGAGCAGGAUUGUCAACAUUCGAUUGGUUGAAAGAGAAAAUUAAGCUUAAGUGCUUCAUUCGAACAUUUUUCCAUUUUAAAGUCACUUUUUAAAAAAAUUAUUUUCUACUGACUCGCGACUGAUUUGCUGUUGAAACGUCAGAACGGUGACAGAUCACCUCCAUCACUUUGAUUUUGCGUGGCUAAUUAACGUGAUGAGAAAACUGUAGAGGGAGCGUAUCUGCUCCGCGCCAGCUUCUUAUGAAUAUUCCUCAGAUUUCCACUCCAGAUGUAAUGUGGGUUGCCUAAUUCCCCGAGCAGCCCCCCGUGUGUCAGGAUGCUCCCCUGAGGUCUGCGCGCGCGCUCCACCUCCUUGCCGCGACGCGCGGCUAUAAAAGCCCUUUGCGUCUUUACGCACCAGAACCGAACCAAGAGAGCGCCAGCUUCCUCACGGGACCCAAGGGGAGACCACCAGAGGGGAACUGGAAGCACUGGAAGGAUAUCCCACUCCACGGGGAUGAAACUUUAAGAGAUCUGACUUUUUAUAAACUGAACGCUUUCGAAGUCUACUGUUAUUUUUGGGAUAUUAUUGCGAACAUCUAUUUAGAACCCAAGGAACCGGACUUCACCGAAUACAAUGGCGCAUUCACACCUGAUAUAUCUCUUGGCUUUGACCUUGGUGCACGUGGUUUGGUCCUCCGGUGUCUUCGAGUUGAAGAUCCACUCCUUCCACACGGCGCAGCGCAUCUGCAGAAGACACAGAGACUGUCACAUCUUCUUCAGGAUUUGCCUAAAACACCCGGAGGAUGUGAUCUCAGCCGAGCCGCCCUGCACCUUUGGCACCGGCCACACGAACGUAAUCCGGGCGGAUCACACGUCGAUCUCCAGCAGCGCUCCCAUCCGAGUCCCCUUCCACUUUAAAUGGCCGGGGACUUUUUCAUUGAUCAUCGAAGCCUGGAACGCAGAAUCUCCAACAGAGUACACAGACAACCAAAAUAACCUGGUGAGCCGCCUGGCGACCAGGAGGAGGCUGGCUAUCGGCGAGGACUGGUCCCAGGACGUGCACUUCGGCGAGCAGAGCGAGCUGCGCUACUCCUACCACGUCUACUGCGACGAGUACUACUUCGGGGACGGCUGCGCGGACUACUGCAGGCCGAGGGACGACACGCUGGGCCACUACACCUGCGACGAGGAGGGCAACCGCAUGUGCCUGGAGGGCUGGAAAGGAAACUACUGCUCUGAGCCCAUCUGCUCGGCGGAUUGCAGCGAGAAGCAUGGCUACUGCGAGGCCCCAGGGGGGUGUACAUGCCGCAUGGGCUGGCAGGGCCCCUCCUGUAAUGAAUGCGUGCGUUACCCAGGCUGUCUCCAUGGGACGUGCAGCCAGCCGUGGCAGUGUAACUGUCAGGAGGGCUGGGGGGGGCUCUUCUGCGACCAGGACCUCAACUACUGCACCAACCACAAGCCAUGUGGCAAUGGGGCCACCUGCACCAACACGGGUCAGGGCAGCUACACCUGUACGUGUCGGCCCGGCUUUGGAGGCACCAAUUGUGAGCUGGAAACCAACGAGUGUGACAGCAACCCCUGCAAAAACGGAGGCAGCUGCAAUGACCUGGAGAACGACUACUCCUGCACCUGUCCACAGGGGUUCUACGGAAAGAACUGUGAGAUCAUUGCCAUGACCUGCGCAGACGGUCCCUGCUUUAAUGGCGGAACCUGCGUGGAGACGAUGACAGGAGGUUACACAUGCCGCUGCCCUCCCAGCUACACCGGCUCCAACUGUGAGAAGAAGUUGGACCGCUGCAGCAACAGGCCUUGUCUGAACGGUGGUGACUGUCUGGACCUCGGCCAGAGUAUCUUGUGCCGCUGUCAGCCAGGUUUCACCGGUGCCAACUGCCAGGUCAACAUCGACGACUGCACCUCAAAUCCCUGCCAAAAUGCUGGAACCUGCCAGGAUGGUGUGAAUGACUACACUUGCUCCUGUACCUUAGGGUACACUGGCAAGAACUGCAGCAUCCGCUCUGAUGCCUGCGGGGCUCGUCCGUGCCAAAACGGAGGCACUUGCUUCACCCACUUCACUGGGCCUGUAUGCCAGUGUCCGAAGGGCUUCAUGGGUCCAAGUUGCGAGUUCACACUUCAACCCAGUUUCAAGCCCGCUUUGCGCCAAGCCUCCCAGCCCUCCUCCACCACCACCGUCACCAUCUCCUGCCUCCUGGUGGUCCUGGUGCUCGUUCUGGUCGCAGGCAUCCUUUUCCUGAGGCGGAGAAGAAGGAGGAUGGAGGGAAGGAAGCAGCUGAGCGACAUUGCGGUCUACAAUGACUUGGAGGCGGUCAACAACCUGGGAGGCAGCGAGAGAGAUGCUUUCCUCAGUCCUAACAGCCUCUUCAAGAUCAGCAACAGCACAGCUCGCCUCAGCCUCACGCUGUGUCCCGAUGGCAGACCCGGGUACAGACACAACCCGGUGGAGAGCAGCCUGGCCAGAGCCGAGCGUCAGGACUUCAUGUGGAGGGACGACGCCAUGCUGGGCUCUGCACCCGGGCUGAGAUGAAACCAGGACAAAAACACACACGUUGAAACAGGGGCAAAGAACAUUUUAGCACUUGUUGCUUUUCUCUCUUUUUGAAGAGAGGAGCAGACACAUAAACAGAUAGAAAUGUCAAUAUAAAAAGUUACGUUCUGACACAUGAACUAAUGUUGACUUACAAGACUUUUGGAGACUUGUAAAGGAUUGUGCUCUUUAGUGUUCAAGACCCAAAGAGACAAAUAAUGUAACCCGCCACUGAUAGGACCUACAACACAAACCAAAUGCAGGAUGAAGCAAUAUAUUUUCAACACAUUCACUUUGUUUUCCUUUUUUAAAACAGACUUUUCUUUUGCUUUUCAAUCUUCCUUUGAUCAUUUUUUCCUUAUUGUGAGCACCAUCAUUUUUUCCCUCUUAUUUUUUAUAUUAUUUAUUUAUUUGAAAACUUGUGUUUGUGGCUUCACUUUGAUUGUCACAGAUGUAGAAAUAUAUUUAUAUGAUGCUGAGUGUAGACUGACGUUUGUUGCAUCUGGAUAUGUGAAAUAUCCCAAAGAUAAAUGUGUGAGACUAACUGGAGCCAUUUCUUCAAAAGACUUACCGAAUACAAAUAUUGGUCACGUUACGCUCAUGUGCCAUUUUAAGUUCAUGCCAAAGUUUGUGUUCUGUUGCAUAUUUUCACUCAUGUUAUUUAAGUUCAUGUUGUGUGUGAUGUGGAAUAAAAGAUUUGAUAUAAAACAGU